GUAUUCUCUACACAGAGACUGACAGCGAGAGGGAGAGAGAGAGAGAGAGAGAGAGAGUGAGAGAGGAAAUCAAAAUCAAAGAGAGACGUUAGCCAUGGCAUGUGUCCGCUAUCAGUUACCGUUUUGAGCUUCAAAAUUAAAUUUCAACUAGAGAGAGAGAGGAGGAGCAAAGAGAAUGUAACUUAGCACAUAGUGAACCAAGUCUGAAUAUCUUUCACCUCACAUAUAUAUAUAUAUAUGUCAAUCAUGUGUAUUAACUGCAACCUGAAUCUACCAUGACCCACCUCAAAAUCAAUCUGUUUGAGCUUUUGGGUUUAUCAUUUAUGGCGUUUCUGUGAGUGAAAGAAGAUGUUUUUGGUGAAUCUUACGUGAAUCUCAGCGUUUGGGUUUCGAAAAAAUUUCUGCUUUUUCAUCAACAAUGGAAAGUACGGUGAAUAAGAAUGGUUCAGCCGGAGGAUUUGAGAAGAGGAAAAAUGGGUCUGAGUCGGUGACUGAGUCGGCGACUGAAUCAAGAGAUAGCAGCAGCUCGAGUUCUGAGUCUUGUUCUACCGAGGGAGUGAAGACUGUUAGGUGUGACUCGCCUUCUCCUUUGGGUUGGCCGAUUAGGAAAGCUGGAGAGUGCAAGAGCUCAUUAGCCUCUAGUAGAAAUGAAGAUCAAGAGAAAAUCCGUUUAGAGGAUUCCGAAUUUAAAAAGCCGAGAUCGAAGAUUUCUGAGAUUGAUAUGAUGAAAGAGAGGUUCGCAAAAUUGUUGCUUGGUGAAGACAUGUCAGGGUCUGGGAAAGGGGUUUGCACAGCUUUGGCUAUCUCAAAUGCCAUUACUAACCUCUGUGUUACUAUUUUUGGACAACUGUGGAGACUGGAGCCACUGCCUCCAGAGAAGAAAUCAAUGUGGAGAAGAGAGAUGGAGUGGCUUCUUUGUGUUGGUGAUCACAUUGUGGAAUUAAUACCCUCUUGGCAAACAUUUCCUGAUGGCAGUAAGCUAGAGGUCAUGACUUGCAGGCCAAGAUCAGAUCUUUUCAUCAAUCUCCCGGCUCUGCAGAAACUGGACAAUAUGCUUCUCGUAAGAUUUAGCAUUACUUGUUUAUUUUUGGGCAUUUGUAAACUUGUGGUAGUCUGAAUCAUUAACCUUUUGAACCUUCAAUGGCAGGAAAUACUAGACAGUUUUGCCAGUGCAGAGUUUUGGUAUGUUGAUCAAGGUAUUGUAGCCCCAGAUGAAGAUGGGUCAACGUCUUUCCACAAAGCAAUUCAGAGGCAAGAAGAGAAGUGGUGGCUGCCUGUACCCCGUGUCCCCCCAGGUGGUCUUAGUGAUGAUUCAAGAAAGCAGUUGAACCACACACGGGAAUGCACAAAUCAAAUACUAAAAGCUGCAAUGGCAAUCAACAGCACUGCUUUAGCUGAAAUGGAUGUUCCUGAUUCAUACUUGGAGUCACUUCCAAAGAAUGGUAGAGCCUGUUUAGGGGACCUCAUAUACCGGUAUAUUACUUCAGAUCAGUUCUCUGCAGAGUGCUUGCUUGAUUGCCUAGACCUGUCCACUGAGCAUGUUGCUCUGGAGAUUGCAAACCGUGUGGAAUCUGCAAUAUAUGCAUGGCGUAGGAGAGCUCAUUCUAAACCUCCAACUAAUCCAAACCGGUCCACUGCAAGGUCAUCAUGGGAGAUGGUCAAGGACUUAAUGGUUGAUGUAGAUAAGAGGGAACUGCUUGCAGAGAGAGCAGAAGGCCUCCUGCUUUCUUUGAAGCAGCGUUUCCCUAGUCUAAGCCAGACCACCUUGGAUACCAGUAAAAUCCAAUUCAACAAGGAUGUUGGAAAAUCCAUUCUGGAAAGCUACUCAAGAGUUCUGGAAAGCUUGGCAUUUAACAUCGUGGCUCGUAUCGAUGAUUUACUGUAUGUAGAUGACUUGACUAAACAUUCAGAUAAAUUAUCAGUUCCCACAGUCAGUGUCAUUGCUCACAAGAAGGUUUCAAUCCCUUACUCGGUGCCUGUCUCAGGCACUCCAUACAAAACAUUUAGUACACCAAGCUUUUCGCCUGCACCGCUCAUUAGUCCUGCAAGAGGAGAGAGAACUCCAUUUCUCCACAACAUCACCACCUCCAACAACAGCAACAAGCCUCCCCGUCGUGGCUUUGGAGUGAAAAGAGUCUUGACAAAUUAUCUUGGUGUUGAUACAAAACCAAAGAUCUGUGUCAAUUCAACUGAAGCAACAACGUGUCCUAAUCCAAAUACAGAAGGCACAGAAGGCCGAGAGAAUGAAAAUGGGACAGCUAAAUCAACUUCAAAAAGGUCCUAAACAUACUGUAGAUUAACUUAAAGCAAGUUCGCUAAGAGUUUGGUGGACAGAAAAGAAUGAAAUAUUAGUUUAAGAAUUAGGAUUUGUUUAUGGUAGAAGGACUCCCUGCUGUAACAAAUUAUUUGUUUGUUUGAAUUAUUGAUUCUUACUAACUAUACAUUAAAUCAGCAUCUAAUUUAAAUGAAAUGCUUUUUAUGUUUUGUA